UGAGAAAAAACCUGACCACAGUGCAACUCAUGAGCAGGAAAAGAAAGAAAACUCCUCGUUGAAGACGCGAGGACACGAAACAAAUUGGGUUGGCGGGAAAAUCCAGCAGUUUUCUCUCUCUUUAGUAACAUUUGCCUGUCAACUCUUCUGAACUGAACAAAAUUACGGAGAUAGGGGCAUGGACAAAUAUUUGGUUCCCUCUGAUCCCUUUCCCAUUAACCCUAAACACAGUAAGAGGAGGAGGUCACAAUGGAAGAGAAGUCUACUGGAAUUGAACGGAAAAUUUGAUCGAAAGUACCAGCAUGAUGUUGCUGCUUUACUCAUGCAAUCUUAUUCAGAGGUUAUGGUAUUACCUCAUACUUAUCACAUCGAUGGAGCGCCUUGUCAAGCGCAUGUGAAUUGGUUUCUUCGUGGUGCUGGUACUGACUAUAGACAAAAUCGGUUAGGCGGAGAGGGUAUCUCGGCCUUGGAAUUUGAUAAAAAGGGCAUAUAUCUAGCAUCAGUGACUAAAUCAGGCUGCUUAACUGUGCAUGACUACGAAAGUCUCUAUUGCAAUGGUUCAAAAGAAGAUGAAACAAAGCAGUUGCUGCACAUUUCAACUGGUCAACAACUUGAUGUUGUUCGAUGGAACGUUUCCAAUCAAUAUGAGGUUGCUUGCACUUCUAUGAAAAGUUCAGAAGUAUGUAUAUUUGACAUCGGUUAUGUAUCUUCAGAACCGGUUGAAGUAUUAAGGAAAAGGCGUACCAUCUCUGUUCAUGGAUAUAAUGCUCAUAAAGGUUUCUCUGAUGUAGCAUUUUGUUCCCAUGAUGACUCAAGGUUACUUGCUUCUGAUGUCUCUGGUGUUAUAAAUAUAUGGGAUAGAAGAGCCAGUGAUCUUCCAUGUCUUGAGCUAGCAACCAAUUCUAGUAGUCCUCUUAACAGUAUCAAAUUGAAUGCAGAUGAUCAGGUUAUUUUUGGAGCUAGCAAGCAUGGAACUAUUUACAUGUGGGAUAUUCGUGGUGGAAGAUCAUCUGCUGCUUUCCAGAAUAACAGAGUGGUUAGUAAUUCUCCUAUAGCAACAGUUAAAUUGGCAUCUGAGCUAGAGAGAAUUGCUACCUUGAAGGCUCAGUCAAAUAUAAUUUCGAAGGAAAUACACUCCAUUGACAUAAAUCCAUCUUGCCAACAUCAACUGGCGUUUCAUCUUGACGAUGGUUGGUCAGGUGUUUUGGAUGUCCAUAGUUUGAAAGUCACACAUAUUCAUUGUCCCCCUCCGCCUUGGUUGGAUGACUUCAGUGAUUUGUCUAACUUACGUUGUUUACGGAAACCUUCAUGGCUACCAGCAUAUCCUAUUUAUGUGGUUGGAUCAUUGUCAAGUAAUGGGCUCUAUCUUUUGGAUUUCUAUCCAGAUUGUAGCUCCCCUUGCCAUGUCGAUUUCAAUGAGGAGAUGCAAGAGCUUUAUGGAGUAAAGAGCCAGCAUAAGCAAAAUCAAUUCGUUCCAACAACAGAAGGUGUUACUGCAUGUAUUGCUCAUCCCUCAAGUGGAACCAUUUUGGUUGGAACUGAGCAAUGCUGUAGGUCUAAAGUGGAGUUGGACAUGGACCAGCAAAGGCCAAAAAUUGCAAAUUAACAUGCACCAAAGCUGAUAUAUAUGACCUUGCAAUGCAUAAAAAGAUGGCAGAUGCCUUCAGGAUAUUCUUCACAUAUGUUGCAGAUGGUGUUACACCAUGCCAUUUAUUAUGUCUUUUAUAUACCACUUUCUCAAGUUUCAAGAAUUUCAAAUAAUCAGUUUUGGUGCAUGUUUUUUUUAUUGUAUCUUUUGAUUAAUUCACUUAUACAAUUACAUACAUAAUACACAAGUCAAUGAUUUUUUAAGGACAACGAGGAGCCUAAGCAGCCACCCAAUCCAGCAGAUGAGGGACAGUUGGCUGUAGACUCCAAUCCUCCCACCUUUCUUCAGUUUCUAGUGAAUCUUCCGGUGGUUUUCUGAUGCAGUUCCUUUGGAGGCAGCUGUGCCCUUAAUUGCUUUGUCUGUACAACAAUACAAUCUCCAUCUCUUUAUAGUCAAAGCCUAAGUUAUUCUGACACUAUUUCGAAGUGAUUGCAAUUUUAAAAACUGAAAAAAUAUUGAAAUGCUUGAUGUCUCUGAGAACCUCUUACAAUCCUUGUCUAAUUUAUUGCUUAUCUUGUUAAGAUGAUACUUUUCUCUAAACAGCAUGCUGGAAAACAUGUAAUUAAUACAAGCAUAUAUACCAGUUUGAUGCUAAUUUUCUGUUCUAACAAGUCAUUAUAUUCUUCUA